GCUAGCACAUCUGUUCUCUAUUCACAUAUUACAGAGAGAGGAGAGAGAGAGAGAGAGAGAGGUUUUGACAGAAGGUCACAUAAAAUGGCCACAAACCAACCUGCCAUUAACCACACAGAUGAAGAAUAUAUUGAUAUAGAACUGAGCUCCUCUUCCAACUUCUUGGGUUACUCUAUCAGUUCUCCACCAAAAAAUGGAGAGUUUGAGUUCCAAAUGACUUCAGUCUCACGUGAGAGAGAAUCCAUAACUUCCCCAGCCGAUGAGCUCUUCUACAAGGGAAAACUCCUUCCUCUUAACCUCCCUACUUGCUUACAAAUGGCUAGAAAAACCCUUCGUACUCCUAGCACAGAAACUGAACCCAAAAGAGAAGAAGCCUUAGAAGAAAACUAUAACAUUCAUUCCAUAACUACUGACUCCAGUACUGCAGAUUCUACCAAUAGCAGUACCCCACUUGACUCCCGCAACAUUUCACCAUCACAGUCUUGCCGCUUUAGCAGCGAACUAAACGCAGAUGAGUUUUUCUUAGAAUGGUCUAUUGAAAAUAAUGUAUUCAGUGGCGAUCAUCCAAAGAAGUCUUCGGGCAAGAAGCUCAAGCAAAUCAAGCAAAUUGCACUGGGUCAAAAGCUCAAGGCUUCAAGUUCAUAUCUCAAGUCUCUGUUCAGCAAAUUUGGUUGUUCAGAUGCAUCCUCCUGCGCCAAGGCAGCAUGCACUCCUGAAGCAAACAUUGCCUCAAAGAGUAAGGACUGUCUAAACAAGUUUAGGAAGGCACCCAAUAAAACCCCAUUUGGAAAAACUGAUAGGGAGAAAUACCAGAUGUCGACCACUUUGAUGAAGAGCAUUGACAGAGAGAUGCUUGAGAAUGGCACUGUUAGCAGUCAUAGGUGGUCUUUUUCUGGGGUGAUUCAACGGCGUUCUGAUAGCAACUCAUGUUCUUCAUCCACAUCAGCUUCUUCAUCCUUUUCAUCCUUUUCAUUCGGUUCAAGUGGUUUUAAUGAUUUACAGCUGCUCAAGAGGAUCAGUUGCUGUACAGAUUCAGAGCUUGACAGCUCAGUAGAGGGAGCAAUCGCUCACUGUAAACAGUCUCAGCAGCUGUUAAUUAGUUCUUCAAAGAUUGUUAGUGAUGUUGCUUCAAGGAAUGCAAUUUGUGUUGAUCAAGAAAGAAGAGGGCUUCGCAUCAUCUGAUGGUAACUGGGGAAAAGCUCAAGAAAGAGACAUUUCCAGAAUGUAUUAUUAUGAUUUUAGCAUUAUAUUCUUAAUUGGUUUUAAUGGACUCCCAGAUUAGCUCAUUGUUUUAAGGUUAA